AUGCAUUUCGCUGACCGUUGUGUGCGUUUACAGGUCGUCAUCGAUGGCAAGGGCCAUCUCCUUGGCCGACUCGCCUCCAUUGUCGCCAAGCAGCUCCUCAGCGGCCAGAAGAUCGUUAUUGUCCGUUGUGAGGCUCUCAACAUCUCUGGCGAGUUCUUCCGUGCGAAGCUCAAGUACCACGCCCACCUCCGAAAGAUCACCCGUUACAACCCCACCCGCGGUGGUCCCUUCCACUUCCGCGCUCCCUCCCGAAUCUUCUACAAGGCUGUCCGUGGCAUGAUCCCCCACAAGACUGCCCGUGGUGCCGCUGCUCUCGAGCGCCUUAAGGUCUUCGAGGGUGUCCCCCCUCCCUACGACAAGACCAAGAAGGUUGUCGUUCCCCAGGCUCUCCGUGUUCUCCGACUCCAGCCCGGCCGCAAGUUCUGCACUGUCGGUCGUCUGUCCCACGAGGUUGGCUGGAAGUACCAGGACGUCGUUGCUCGAUUGGAGGAGCGAAGAAAGGCCAAGGGUGCUGCCUACUACGAGCGCAAGAAGAUUGCCGCCCGACAACUGGCUGAUGCGAAGAAGAACGCUGCUGUCAAGGAGGAGACCGCAAAGGCCCUUGCCUCUUACGGCUACUAA